AUGCACAGAACAGGUAAUCCUAAUCCAGUAGCUCCUCGCCAUUCUCCCCAAAAGCUGUCCAUCGUAUGCUCCGCCCCCCUCGAGACUAAACCCGAUUUCCACCACGGAGAGCCUCUCCUGUUGAUCCUCUUCCUCCUCCGCCCCUCUCUCUUUCUUACUUUCUUACUCUGCUCACGAUUGUUCGCUCUUCCUCCCGUCACUCUCUUCACUCGCUGGUCCUUCUUCAUCCACUUCAUUCCUCCUUUCUCUUACGAAUCUCUCGCUGGACCAUGCCUCCGCGGUGUCAACGUUCGCCGUCUUAGUCCGUCGGCUGCCUCUCGUUUCUUCCCCUGGCGACGCUCCCUCCCCCCACCCCCAAUCUCGACGAGUUCUCUCCUCUCCGACCAACAAACACACCUCCCAUCUUCAAUCUCACCGGUCGCCCGUCCCCCGCCCGGCAUGAACGGAGACCUCAGUCUCUCCCAGUCGCUGGGAGGGCUCCGAAUUGCGAACCCGGACGAUUCCCCUCUCCAAUCUGAGGCCAGUCCCGUUCCAGUGGCUCACCCGGACGGUUCGGUGUCAACACCUCCACAAGUUCCCGGACCGCUCGACGAGCGCCCAACAACCUUUCCUCCGGCGCCUCUCGACAAUCCCCCGUUAAACGAGAAUCGCUCCUCCGUCAUCUAUCCAGUCUCUGAUCCCUCCCAGUCCACGUCGGCCACCCAUCAGCACUACUCUACGCAGCAGUUCGGCACGCCCCCAAAUCCGAACCGCCCCCUUUCCUCCGUCUACACCAACGGCUCCGUCUCGUCCCUUCUCCCCCGGGAUAACUCCUAUCGCAUCCGAACCGAUUCCGGUGCCUCAUCUACAUCAACCUCACAUUCGCGAGUAGACACCCGCGGCGGGUCGGCAGCUUUGCAAGCGGGGGUUUUGGCGCGCGACAACUCACACAGCGAUCGCUCCUACCGGACAGCUCAAAUUCCGGCCAAUGGGCCGGCAGUGAUACGGCAGUCGUCUCGAUCGCAUGCCCGCGGUGGAACUACACCUCAAAUGUCGCGUACGCCCUACGCUAUGGAGAACGGUCCCGCGCCCAGCAGUGAGGAUUGGCAGGACCGUGGAGCUGCGGUCGCGGUGAGACAGGAAGUCGAUGCCAACGGGAAGACGGUCGCGCGGUAUAUCAAGAAGGGUGUGCGAGAUUUCUCAUUUGGAAACACGCUCGGCGAGGGAUCCUAUAGCACGGUGGUAUUCGCGACAGACCGUCAGACCUUGAAGGAAUACGCCAUCAAGAUUCUGGAUAAACGACACAUCAUCAAGGAGAAGAAGGUCAAAUACGUCAACAUCGAGAAGGACACGCUGAACCGCUUGACCGACCACCCAGGUAUCGUCCGUCUCUAUUAUACCUUCCAGGAUGAGCGAUCACUCUACUUCGUGCUCGAUCUAUGCAAAGGAGGAGAGCUUCUAGGGGUCUUGAAACGCAUGACCACUUUUGAUGAAGAAUGUACGAGGUUCUACGGUGCCCAGAUUCUCGACACGAUAGACUAUAUGCACAAACGCGGCGUGAUUCACCGCGAUUUGAAACCCGAGAAUGUGUUGCUGGAUCACCAGAUGUAUGUGAAGAUUACCGACUUUGGAACUGCCAAGAUCCUCAAGACGCGACGACCAGACGAGAGCCAGGUCUCUAUCCCACAGCUUGACUCGACCGAGGUCCCCGAAGAAGAACGAGCAAGCUCCUUUGUCGGCACUGCCGAGUAUGUCAGCCCAGAAUUACUGGUCGACAAGAACGCCUGCAAGGCUAGUGAUCUGUGGGCGUUUGGGUGUAUCAUCUACCAACUGUUGGCUGGUCGUCCGCCGUUCAAGGCGGGCAAUGAGUACCAGACGUUCCAAAAGAUUGUCAACCUGGACUACGAAUUCCCUAUCGGAUUCCCCGCGGUGGCUCGCGACCUCGUUGAGCGUCUUCUUGUCCUCGACCCGGCUCGUCGUCUACAGAUUGAGCAUAUUAAGAACCAUGAAUUCUUUGACGGUAUCUCAUGGGGCCCAGAGUUGUGGAAGCAGAAGGCACCUCGAUUGAAGGCGUACGUGCCUCCAACACGUGAGCCUAUCAAGCUGAAUGGCGGCGAAGGGGGUGACAGCUUUCCUCCCGUCAUUUCGACUGCGCCCUCAAAUGCGACAAGCAAUAAUUCGCGGGCACUCCCCCGGGUGGUCACUGAGCUGCCACCUCCCAGUCAAUUGGAUAUUGAGUGGUCUCCGGUGUUGAGCAGAACGAACGAAAGGAUUUUGAAACUCGGGAACAUGACAGUCUUAUCCUCACCCGCGUCGCACAGUCCGACAUCGAAGAAUGGCAGUGGCGAGAGUGAGGCUCCUAAGAAAUUCUCACGAUUCUUCUCGGGGUCAGCCACAAAGAAAAAGUCGCGAUUGGUUAUGGUCACUUCCUCUGCGCGGAUUAUUCUGGCCGCAGCUGGUGGUGAUGAGAAAAAGGCAAAGACAGAGAUUUCGCUGCUUGCGCCGGGGACGCACUAUCGGAGCACAACGGAUGCCAAAGGUCACUCCUCAUGGAUUGUCGACACGAGAGAUAAACGCUUUGUCUUCGAAGAUCCAAAACCCUCCUCCAGCAACAUCGGAGCCACUGCGGUGUCAGCGCAAGAAUGGCUGGAUGCACUGGACCGGGCUAAGGAGAUGGCCUCGAUGCAUCAAAGUGCCGGUCCUUACUCAGCCGAGGAUGCCUUCCGCGACCUGUCAUCCGGAUUCUCCAGUCAUGCCAACACGCUCGAUCGGAGUACCGAGCUCCAGAAUGAGAGCAAUGUGCCCCCUCCAGGACGGAACCAUUUGGUGAAGCAUCAAGCCAACGAUUCGGAAUCGGUAAAGGGGAAGAAGAGAUUCAGCCGGCGGCAUUCGAAGAAUGGUCUCGCCGCUGUUUUCUAA